AUUUAAGCUGUUCACUUUUUUGGGGCCUUUUUUUUCACUGGUUUGGAAAGAAGACUUUCUCAUGUGGAAAAACACUAGUUAAGAGUCGAUCUAAAACUUGAUACUGCAGAAUAGUACAGCAAUUCAUAUUCCACUGUAAAAAGAGAGUUUGCUCUGAAUCUACUUGCACCCUUGGUCUGCUAUUAUCCCUGUCUUUUGUAGACGAUGGCGUUACACCCGCGACGAGUUCGCUUGAAGCCGUGGCUGGUAGCCCAGGUAGAUAGCGGUAUGUAUCCCGGCCUUAUCUGGCUAAACCGAGAAGCGAAGCGGUUUCAGAUCCCCUGGAAGCACGCAACUCGGCACAGCCCGCAGCACGAGGAGGAGAACACCAUCUUCAAGGCAUGGGCUGUGGAAACGGGAAAGUACCAGGAAGGAGUCGAUGAGCCAGACCCUGCAAAGUGGAAAGCCCAGCUCCGAUGUGCUCUUAACAAAAGCCGGGAAUUUAAUUUGAUGUACGAUGGCACCAAGGAGGUGCCCAUGAAUCCUAUUAAAAUUUAUGAAGUGUGCGAUAUCCCGCAGUCCCAGGGAUCAAUCAUUAAUCCAGGUUCCACUGGCUCAGCUCCAUGGGAUGAAAAGGAUAAUGAUCUUGAUGAUGAAGAGGAGGAAGAACUGAAUCAAUCUCAGCAUGUCCCUAUUCAAGAGACAUUUCCAUUUCUUAAUAUCAAUGAUUCUCCAAUGGCUCCAGCCAGUGCAGAAAACUGCAGCCCUGAAGCUGUGUGGCCAAAGAAUGAACCUCUAGAUAUGGAAAUGCCCCCAACUGCGCUGCAGCAUGACUUCUUCAGCAGCCCUGAGCUCUGGAUCAGCUCUCUGCCAAUUUUUCUCUCAGUGACAGACCUAGAAAUCAAGUUUGAAUAUCGAGGAAAGGAGACUGGGCCGACAACGACUGUAAGCAACCCGCAGGGAUGCAGGCUUUUCUACGGAGAGCUGGGUCCUAUGCCAGACCAGGAAGAGCUCUUCGGGCCUAUUAGUUUGGAGCAAGUAAAGUUUCCAGGAACAGAGCAAAUCACCAAUGAAAGGCAGAAGAUCUUCACGAGUCGGCUGCUGGAUGUUAUGGACAGGGGACUGAUCCUGGAGGUCAGUGGCCAUGCCAUCUACGCUGUCCGGCUCUGCCAGUGCAAGGUGUACUGGUCUGGUCCCUGUGCACCUUCCUCUACCACACCAAAUUUGAUCGAGAGGCAAAAGAAAGUCAAACUCUUCUGUCUGGAAACGUUCCUAAGCGAGCUGAUUGCCCAUCAGAAGGGACAAAUUGAGAAACAGCCACCAUAUGAGAUCUACUUCUGUUUUGGAGAAGAAUGGCCUGAUGGAAAACCCAGGGAGAGGAAGCUGAUAGUGGUUCAGGUCAUUCCAGUCGUGGCCCGGAUGAUCUACGAAAUGUUUUCCGGUGACUUCACGCGCUCCUUUGACAGCGGCAGCGUGCGGCUCCAGAUCUCUACGCCCGACAUCAAGGACAACAUCGUGGCUCACCUGAAGCAGCUGUACCGGCUGCUGCAGAACCACCAGGAAGGGUGGCCGAUGCAGGCCCCCGCCAUGCACAUGGCGCAGCCGCUCCCGGCGCAGUGACAGACGCUUUGCUUUGCCCCAUGGUUUCUUACGUUGUACAUACAGAAAAGUAUUUCUUAAUGAGUGCCUUGCCUAAAUCUGAAUAAAAUCUGUAAAUCUGGUCAUCUGA